AUGAGCGAUGUAACUAAGGUCACUGGUCUCCUCUGCGACCUACAAAAGCUGGACGAAGCGGGACGCGACCGCAUACUGGAUCUAUUGUCUACUGAAGUUGUAAAGGAAGUCCUCAAAGCCUCUCUUCGUCAGCGUGACAGAAUUGAAAGCGAGUCAGGUGCCAGUAGGCUCUGGACAUGUGCUCAAUCAUCACGCAUAGAGAGUAUUGCUCCGCCAAAUCCACCAACGACCGAAAAUGCCAGUGGAACGGUACAUGUUCAAGAAGAAAGAUCAACAAAGCAGGCCAGGCAAAUCACUAUUCUUCGAUACCGCAAGCGACCUAGGAUUGAAGAGGAAGACGCACGAGGUCAAACGGCCGUAGAAAGAGAAGUUAUUGAAAUCGAGACGGACGAGGAAAAUGAAGCGAACAGAAAGAACAGUCAAAGCGUUCGACGUUCACUUCGAUUGACGGGGUGCGUUGGGCCAAAGCACCUGAUCGCUGACAGCAAGGGUAUUGCAAUUAACGGACGACGACCAAGAGAGCUUCAAGCCUAUCUCUAUGUAAGCGAGGGUGUCAUAUCCAACUGGCUUCCUGUAAAUGUACAAACCGACCUGAUGCACCGUUUUGAAGAUAUGUGGUCAAUGAAAGAACAUACGAUUACCCAGUACACCACCUAUACCUACAACUUGAUAAGACAUUCAUCCGGUCCUUUAUGCAUUCACAGCAUGCUUCUCGCAAAAACCCGACCUUCACUCGAGGUGGGAAACCGAAUAAGUCCGCAGACGAUAGUUGUAUAGAUGCUGACUAUCCUUGCGCCGAUUUCAGAUGGCACAAACACGAAAAGAAAUUUGUCGUAUGUUUUCUGCCUCUGCCUAAAGCACUGCGCAAGGGAAAGUAUUCGGGUGAUCUUGGGUAUUGGGUUCUCUGAAAGCAAAUUGCUGG